AUGGCAGAGAUCUUUUUUCUUACCCUGCCCCUGCUCCUGCACCCCGGACCCUGGUGUUGGCGUCGAGUCCUCAGUUUGGUCGAGUUCCACCAGAGCGAUUCCAUUUCAAGGCAGGGUGAUGAACGCCUUCGGCGGAUUGACCGGGGCAUGGGCCGCCUGCUUGUCCCACAACGGAGCUUUGGACGGGGUUUCUGGGUACCUGCGUGCGCUUCAGCUUCAGCUUUGCACAGGACUUGGACCUUGGUGAAGGCCGGAUGA